UCCGCUAUAAAAGCUCCAAACGCUUCUCAUCAAGCAUCAUUCAACAUCCUCGAUCUACUCACACACUACACAAUGGCAUUCAAGUUUGUGGUUCUCGCUUGUUUCGUGGCGGCCGCCAGCGCCGGCCUAGUCCCGGCUGCUCCAGUGGCCUACGCUGCCGCCCCGGCGUACCACGCCGCCCCCGCCCUCCACGCCGCCCCCGUGGCGUACGCCAGCCCGGUCGCAUACGCCGCACCCGUCGCUAAAGUCGCCGUCGAGGAAUACGACCACCACCCCCAGUACAGCUUCGCCUACGACGUUCAGGACGGUCUGACCGGUGACUCCAAGACCCAGCACGAGACCCGCGACGGUGAUGUCGUCAAGGGCUCCUACUCCGUUGUGGACCCCGAUGGCACCAAGCGCACUGUGGACUACACCGCCGACCCCCACAACGGUUUCAACGCCGUCGUGCACAAGGAGCCCGCUCAUGUGAAGGUCGCCGCCCCCGUCGCUUACGCCGCCCCCGUCGCUAAGAUCGCCGCCCCCGUGGCCUACGCUGCGCCCGUAGCCAAGUACGCCGCCCCCGUGGCGUACGCCGCGUCCCCUGUGGUCCACGCCGCCCCCGUGGCCAAGAUCGCAGCUCCCGUGGCCUACUCUGCCCCCGUCUACCACUCCGCCCCCGUCUACCACUCUGCUCCCGUCUACCACCACUAAAUUGUUGCCAAAUUAUAGUACCUAAUUUAUGUUGUACAAAACGAUAAAGUAUUAUUUUAAAUACAUUGUUUUGUAUGAAAUGUUAUGAUCAGUAGGAUAGGUAUUUAAUUAAAUUUUUCUAUCCCUA